GAGGGGGAAGGCAAAACCCUUCAUUCCACCAAAGAGAUCAAAAUCGUUCAGAUUCGUCCAAAAAACAGACAAAUACAGAAAGUAGAGGUAAUGCUAAAAGUAACAGAGGUCAAGCACCAAGAAGGGGCCAGGCUCAUGACAAUAGAGGUUAUCAUCAUGGCAAUAGAAGUGAAACACAUGUCAGCCAAGAUUAUAAGGAAUUAAAUACUAGAGACAAGCAACCUAGUUAUCAAGAUCGGAGAAGAGAUGACCGACAUGACAGCCAAAGAUCGAUCAGUAGAGAAAGAUUUGAAGAUUCAAGAAGAGGUACACGACCUAGUGCUCAUGGCAGAGAUACUGAAGAUUACAAACAUGACAACAGAGGUUAUAAUAGAAAUGAAAGACGAUUAUACAGCCCUGAACGUCAUGAUGGUAGAGAAAGGAGACGAUUCAGUCCCGAUAGAAGACGUGAUGAUAGAGUUCGAUACAGUCCUGAGAGAAGUCAUGAUGAGCAGAGUCGAUACACACCUGAGUAUCGGGAUGGUAGACAUCACAGUCCCAUGCACCGGGAUGGUAGACAUUACAGUCCAGAGCGUCGGGAUAGUAGACAUUACAGUCCAGAGCGUCGGGAUAGUAGACAUUACAGUUCAGAACACCGGGGUGGUAGACAUUACAGUCCAGAUCAUCGAAAUGGUGGACAUUACAAUCCAGAUCGUCGAGAUGGUAGGCAUUACAGGUCUGAGUAUCGGGAUAGUAGGCACUAUAGUCCAGAUCGUCGGGAUGCUCGAUGUCAUAGUCCAUAUAGUCAGAAAGGGCGACGCUACAGUCCAGAACGUUGUGCAGAAGAAGAUAAACGAGAAUCAACAAUUGUUAAUGUGUAUAUGAACCCGGAAAAGAAAAAUACAGCUAACAAUGAACAAUAUCAAGAAAGAAGGAGUUACAUUUCAGUACCACCACCAGAAAUUACACCUGGACCCCAGCUGAGUUAUCUAGCUCCGUCUAGUAGGUAUCCACCAGGACUGCCAGGUGGAUUACUACCAACACCAGGAAAUUAUUUUCCUGCUAAUUCCAUCCCACAGAUGGUCCAUGCUCAACAAUUCAUGGUCCCCCCUCCUCCGCUAAUGGGUACCAUUGGAAAUCCGGGAUCAUCCAUGCCAAGCUUCAGCAUACCAUCUAAUCAACCAUUAUCAAGUAAUUACGAUAGCUCUUCCAGAUACAAAAGUCAGAACUCUGGUAAAUACGGUAGAAGUAGACCUUCAAGCACAUCAAGUAGCCAGAGUAUGCCGAGUGAUAUGAGAGGCUCGAGACAAAAUUUACUGGAAACCAAGGCCAGUACAGGAAUGAGUAGUAUGCCAAGCAACAUGACAGGGUCCAGGAGUGACAUCAGAGGAGGGGGUAGAGGAAGAGAAGGGAGUAAUAUGAGAGGGCGUGGAGAAGGGAUAUCGAGCAAUAGUGGUAGAAGAAGGGGGAGAAGGGGUCAAAAUAAACAGGAUGGGGCUGAUAACAUCUCCAAAUCCUCAAACCAGAUGGUGGAUAAACAUCCAAAGACGGGGAAAAAUCCAACAUUACUUUUCAUGGUUUUCAAAAACAAAAAUGAUGACUCGUUUGACUACACCAGUUGUCUUAGUAAAAGAACUGAAAAAUUAAAAAGCCUAGACUAUAUGAUUGAAUCAUUCAAAACCGUAGGUAAUGAUAGAAUUCUUCUAGUAAGUUUCCCAUCUAAAUCGGCCUCGACUAAAGUGAUUAAACUGUUUCGCAAAACGAACGCCUCCUCUGAUAUUGAAAUACUCUGUUUUAUGAGACAAAAUUUGCCAGACUAUUUAUCAGAGCUAAAGUCAGUUGACACUGAGUCUAAAAAGAUCCCAGAAGAAAAACAAGUGCAACCACAACAGGAAACGCGCAAGGCGAAGAAGAAAAAGCGAGCAGGUGAUAGCGAGGCCAAGCAGGUAAAACAACGUGAAACAAAUGUCUAUGUAACACUGUAUGAUACAGUUAAAUUUGAAGAUAUGGAAGGAUUCUUGAAGACAAGAAUGGGAUGUGGUUCUGUUUACCCAUUCAAAUUAAUAGCUUCAAAGAUUGACGAUAAAGGCACCAAAACAGAAGUCAUUAUCCAAUUUCCUAGUGAGGCAAUGGCAUUGAGUGCUAUGAACAGUAUUGGAGACAGCAAUGUGGACAGCCCAACACAAAUUUCUUGCUCUAUGACCCCAAGUAGUGAUGCAUCCGAUACAAAAGAGGUCCGCUUAUCGAAAUUAUUGGCAGAUAUACAAACCCGUUCAGAUUACAAACUUAAGGAUCAUAGUGUCAAAAUCCAAGCAGCACUAGAAGAUAUUAGCCAGGUUGUUAUUAAACAAAAUAUAUCAGUUGCAGAAUACCAGAGGAGAAUGGAAGAAAAGUCAGCCCUCGAAUCAAAACUUACUGAACUCAGAUCACAAGAAACAGAAUUUUGCAGUUUUUUGACGAGAGUCAAAACCAAGCUAUCCGAAUCUGUCAUGAGUGAUGACUUCGACACGAUUUUAACCAAUCAUAGUAAAUCUUUUGGAAUAGAAAGUCGUAGAUUAGAUUCAGCUUUACCUAUAUAUGCCAGACGAGCUGACAUUGUGGAAUGUGUAAAAAACAACCAAGUCACAAUUAUUCGUGGAGAGACUGGGUCUGGAAAAAGCACACAGAUGGUCCAGUAUCUUUAUGAAAAUUUAAGCAGCGAUAAGAUCAUUGUGUGUACUCAGCCACGAAAAGUAGCUUGCAUAAGCCUAGCAAGCAGAGUUGCAGAAGAACUGUUAAUCCCUCUUGGUCAAGGUGUUGGGUAUAAAACUGGAAUGAAAUACAAAACCUCUGAUAAAACGAAGAUAGUUUUUAUGACUGACCAUUCCUUGCUCAAUGAGUGUCUUAAAGAUCCUUUGUUGAAGAAAUAUUCAUGUGUUAUUAUUGAUGAAGCCCAUGAAAGAAGUAUCUAUACCGAUCUGUUGCUUGGGAUUGUAAAGAAAUGCCUUCCACAGAGAAAUGACCUCAGAGUGAUUAUAUCCUCAGCCACCAUAGAUAUUAAAGUCUUUUCAGAUUAUUUUAAAGGAUCCCAAUCGAUGCAGAUAGCUGGACGAACUUUCCCUGUGGAAGAAGUUUGGUUGUCAGAUGAAGAACAUGCUAAGUUAGAUAGUUACAUGGAUGGGGCUGUUAAAUUAGCUGCAAAGAUUCACAAAGAAAAACACGAAGGAGAUAUUUUGAUUUUUAUGACAACUCCAUUAGAAACGGAAAAAUGCAAAGAAUCACUGGAGAAAAUUCUGGGACUCACAAAUGAUUACAUAUGUUUGCCUUUACAUGGACAACUCCAUGCAGACGAACAACAAGCUGUCUUCAAAAGUCUUGCAAAAGGAAUAAGAAAGAUCGUCUUCGCUACAAAUACGGCUGAAACUUCUAUAACCAUUCCUGGUGUGAAAUUUGUGAUUGAUACAGGCUUGGCUAAGGAGAUGAACUUUGACGCCAAAAGGGGCAUUAACACAUUGAGCGUGGAAACCAUUAGCAAAAGUUCAGCUGAACAAAGAAAAGGCCGUGCAGGUAGAACAGCCGCAGGAACAUGCUACCGACUUUAUAGCCAGAAGAGUUAUCAGGAUAUGAAAUCAUCAAACAUACCAGAAAUAUUACGAGUUCAUCUUGGUCAGGUUUUGUUGAAGUUAUUGGAACUUAAUGUUAAUCCGAACGAAUGUGACUUUGUGGAGUCACCAAAUCCGGAAGCCAUGGCGUCUGCUUUACGAAAUUUGGAGGAACUCAAAGCUAUGGAUGAAUAUAAAAUUACAGAGCAAGGGAAAUGGCUGGCUAAAAUUCCAUUUGAACCACAAUUAGGCACUAUUGUGAAGUUAGGUUUUGAUAAUGGACUAAUUUAUGAUGCUUUGGUCCUAACCACACUGAUAAGUUCUGGAAGUUACAUCUUUUAUCGAGGAGGAUCUGACGCAGAUAAAGAUAAUUUGGAUCUACUGAAAACCAAAUUCUGUGAUUCCAGGGGUGACUGUCUCACGUUUUUGAACGUGUACAAGGAAUGGAUAAAUCAACCAGAAAACAAGAAAAGUAAAUGGUGCUUCGAUAAUGGAAUCAAUAACAAAGCAAUUCGAGGAGCAAGAGAAACCAUAACAGAAAUAAUGUCAGUCCUAAAGAAAGAGCUUAACAUUGAAGUCAAACGAGAAUUUUCAAAUGAUGAAGAAGCUCUAGAGAUUCUUCAGAAAAUAAUUACUUUGUCCUUCAGAAAUAACAUAAGUCACUAUAUCGGCCACAAAAACGCUGGAUAUUUUGUCCCUACACUUAACCAACAAGUUUAUCUCCAUCCUUCUUCAGUUCUGAAGACCCUGAAUAAUACUAGUGAAUGGGUCGUUUACACCAAUAUUCUUCAAACAUCCAAAUAUUUUAUUACCACAGUAACUCCAGUGAAAGAGGAGUGGAUUUUAGAAAUAGCGAAGGAGAAUAAACUCUUCGAUAUUGAUGAAGCAAAAAAGAAGAAAAUUUCUAACAUCCAUACAGAGUGUUUCGGACCAACUUCAUUCUCUUUCUUUGUAGGACCGAGAUAUACCAAAUUACGAAAGUAUGAAUCGAUUUUAACAGAGAAAUGUUCAUCCAUUGUUAUGCUAGAAGCCGACCGAGAUCGUGGCGAGAUUAGGGUAUUUUCUUCCAAGUUUACGUUGGAUGCCAAAGCAGCCUUGGCACAGUGGGUAAAUGAAGCAAGGAAUGCCAUGGUGAGCCGUUCCACAGAAUACAGAUUGGGGACGAAAGAAAGUAGAUCCGGAGGCGUUAGGAUAGUGUUAGGUUCAGGUGGUGAGGGAAAAUUAAUACUUAUGCAAAACGAAUACCGAACAGUGUUUAUUACUAAGCCAAAUUCUAAAACGACAUCAAAAGAAAGAAUUAUUGAGAAAUUUUCAAAAUUCGGAGAUAUAGCCGAUUGUUGGGAAGAGAAACGCUCGAAUCAAAGAUGGGGAAGGGUUACCUUCACAUCUGGAAUUGCUGCUAUUGCUGCAGUGGAAGGAACUAAAACUGAUUUCGAUGAAGUAGCUAUCCCAGAAUUUAAGUUAUCAGAAAACCCUGAUGGUUUGUUUAAGACCAGAUUAAUUUGGUCAAGACGUCCUUCAAAAGGAAUGGCCUUUGUAGAUGUUGAACUGUUAUGCCUUGCUCAAGCAGUUAGUUUAGGAAGGAUCAAUGUUCUGGGUGAACUAGCCUCGGUAAGCUUAGAUGCCAAAUCUGCUACUAGUUUGUGUGUGCGUAAGAUACCACUUACUGCUACGGAGACUGAUGUUCGUAACAGUGUGUAUGAAGCCAUGGGUUACAUUACAGAAGAAGAUAGACAAAAUGUACAUAGAGUAACGGUUGUCAGAGAAAAAGCGUUCACGUCUACUCCACACAUUUUGGAAUCUAUUAGAGCAGAAAUAGAAAAUAGAAUAGUACAAGUCAUCGGUUCCAAAGAAUUUACGGUCGAUAUUAUGAAGCCAAGAAAAGAUGGAGAUACCAUUUACAAAGCCCAUGUUAAAUUCAGCAGACCUGAUCAUGGGAAGUUGGCGUGCACAAGACUGAAUGGCAUUUUGAAUAUUGGGGGCCAAAUUGUCGAGAUGACUCCAGACAUAUCCUCGUAUAUGAACGUUUCUAGGCAUGUUUACGAUCUCAUGAAAGGAGCGGUGGAGGAAACAAUACAGGCCAUGAAUUUCUUAGAAUUUAAACACCAUGUUAGGCUAUUAGAUAACGAUCGUGUAAUUAUUAACUUAUACUCUACAAAACCAGACGACCUGGCACGUGUGAAGUCUGUACUAGAGGGUAUACUUAAAGGAGAAGUCAUCGAAUGUUGGCGAAAUGAAAAUUAUCGACAUCUAUUCUUAAAAUCGGGGAGGAAAUUUAUUCGUGAUGUACAGGAGAGAACGUCCACGUAUAUUCAGGUCGACGAAAGGCAAUAUACCAUCAGCAUUUACGGAACAGCAGCUAAUUUUACAUCAGCUCAAACUGAAUUUCAGAAUCAUCUAAAUGAAAUCCUUAUGGGCACGGGUAAAGAAAUCGACCUUAGAGCUCCAGGUCAGCCUAAUGGACUAAUGAAGAACUUAAUAAAGGAAUAUGGUAUGAAUUUGGAAAAAUUGGUGGAUGAAUGCAACUUGAAGUCAGCUUUAUUGGAUCACAAAAGACAGAUGGUGAAGUUGAUUGGUGAUCCACAAAAUAUUGACCAAGCUAUUUCGGUGAUAUUGAUGAUGAGUAAGAAUCUGACAAAGAACCAAAAACAGACCUCGACAGUCGAGGAGGAUUUCCCAGAAUGCUGUGCCUGUUUGUGUCCUAUAGAAGACACUAGCCAACUCUACAGACUAGAAUAUUGUGGCCACGCUUAUUGCUUUGAUUGUCUUGGGCGACAAAUAACAGUUGCUAUUCAGAGUAAGGACCUACCAAUUUUAUGUGGGGAAGAGGAAUGUCAAAAGCCAUUGGUUUGGAAUGACUUUGUCAACAGCUUUAAAAAAGCCCAAGUAAACCCACAGGCCUUAGUGGGAUCUGCAGUUACAAGAUUCAUGAUGAAUGAUAAACAUGAUGCUUACCGUCAUUGUUUGACACCUGAUUGCCCAAUGAUUUACCGGGUAACAAGUGAGGGUAAUGUGUUUUCUUGUUACGAAUGUGGUAUACGAAUUUGCACAACCUGUCACGUAGAGUACCAUGAUGGACUGUCUUGUCAGCAAUACAAGGCAAAUGUAAUGGACAAACUACAAGUUGAGAUAUAUUUAAAGGAGUAUGGUAACACUACCAAACAUUGCCCUGGGUGUAAGAUCCUUAUUGAGAAGAACUAUGGCUGUAAUCAUAUGGUGUGCUCAGCUUGUAAGAUAUCAUUUUGUUGGUUAUGUUCCGCCAGCUUUGCAUCAUCAGGGUUGUGUUAUGAUCAUCUAAAUAAAGUUCACGGUGGUAUAAUGACUGAAGAUGAUUUACUUUAUGAUUAACGUCUUUGAUCCUUUCUACUAAUUAUUCUAAUGGAUAUAAAACAAUAAUUAGAUAUAUUAUAUAUUGCCUAUUGACAAAUCCGCUAUGCACAUGAUUACUUUAUAUAAAAGCACUAGGUUGCACUUUUGAAACUAACAUAUUUCAUGUGAUUCAAAUGUCUAUUUAUUUAUAAAAACCUCCCGAAUAACUGAAAAUUAAACUGGUUUGGCCUAAUGACUAUUACGUAACUCUUAUUGAAUUAAUUUGUUGUAAUUUAGAUAUUAUCCUCUUUUAUCUAUCAAAGGAAUAUAUCCUUGUUUAUUAAUGGUUUAAUUCAAAAUCAAUUAGUAUAAUAGGUCUAAUUAAAACCAUUAAAGUUAAAAUCCAUUAGAAUGAUAAAGAUAAUUAAAUUGUGGAGGGUAUUUUGCUUUAAUUGGUAUUGAAUUAUACUUUAUUACUAUAUAUUUACCCGGUGUUAAAGAUUCAUUGUGUAAAAGCUAAAUUUGCAUAUUACAUGUCUUUGUUUUGUUUGCUUCAUAUACAUUAUUAAUUAGGCGUUUUUUUAUAUUUUAUUUUAUUAAAUAUUUAACAAUCAUUGAGUACCCUUUUGCCGUGGAAAUUUUGAUAUUUUCCGCAAAAUGCAAAUGACGUACAGAAACAUUCCGUUUACAGAAUAACUUGUUCCAGAGUGAAAAAAAAGUUGAAAAUUAAAACCUAAUGUGAUCGUAUAUUGUCGUCACCCCAUCCAUUGGUCCCUCUGUCUAUUGCUCACACUUACAUGUGGAAUCAUAGAGGCUAAAGGUAAUAUCCAAUUGACUUUAGAUUUAUCCAAAUGUUUAAGGUCAUGAGACAAAGAAGCGUAUUGAUUUUCAACGAUUUCUAAUAAUUAUUGCCAGAGUUAUGGCUUUUGAUCACUUUGGAAAAAUCUUGUUGGCGCUCUAGAGAUUAAAGUUAUCGUCUGAGUGACUUGAAAUUUAUAUACAGUAUUUAUGUUAUGAGACGAAGAAGCCCUUUGAUUAUCAAUUUGAACAACUAAAUUUAUUAUAUUACAUGUUUUGUAUAACAGCAUUUGAAAGAAGUAGGAGCCAACAAACAAAUUCUACAGAUUUCAGAUAAUUGAAUUGCUACACUUUGUCAGUUGUUAGUGUCUUGUAAAUGUUUCUAUUACCAACAAAAGAAAAAAAAAACGAGACAACAUUGUGGGCUGAUUGGACGACGUAGCUGGUGUGGGCGUAUGUUUCACGACAUGGAAACCUA